CGGGCGUGGUCGUGGGGCGUGGUGCCGAGGCCCCGCCCCCGGCGGCGCUCAGCGCCAUGGGCGAGGGGGAGCCCAGCAUGGCGCAGCAGCUGAUCAGCGGUGCCGGUUACGUGCCCCAGGACGGGCUCACGGCCCAGCAGCUCUUCGCCUGCGCCGAUGGCCUCACCUACAAUGACUUCCUCAUCCUCCCUGGCUACAUCGACUUCACGGCUGACGAGGUGGACCUGACCUCGGCACUGACCAGAACCAUCACCCUGAAAACACCGCUGGUGUCAUCGCCCAUGGACACGGUCACCGAGGGGGACAUGGCCAUCGCCAUGGCUCUGAACGGCGGCAUCGGCAUCAUCCACCACAACUGCACCCCCGAGUUCCAGGCCAGCGAGGUGCGCAAGGUCAAGCGGUUCGAGCAGGGUUUCAUCCUGGAGCCGCUGGUGAUGAGCCCGGCGCACACCGUGGGGGACGUGUGGGACGCCAAGGCGCGCCUCGGCUUCUCGGGGGUCCCCGUCACCCACUCGGGGCGCCUGGGGGGGCGGCUCGAGGGCAUCGUCACCUCCCGCGACAUCGACUUCCUGCGCGAGGGGGACAGGGCCACCCCCCUGGCACAGGUGAUGACCAAGCGCAGGGACCUGGUGGUGGCCCCAGCCGGUGUCACCCUCAAAGAGGCCAACGAGAUCCUGCAGCGCAGCAAGAAAGGGAAGCUGCCGAUCGUCAACAGCCGUGACGAGCUGGUGGCGCUGAUGGCGCGCACGGACCUCAAGAAGAACCGCGAGCACCCGGCGGCCUCCAAGGACGGGCGGAAGCAGCUGCGGGUCGGGGCGGCCAUCGGCACCCGCGACGACGACAAGUACCGGCUGGACCUGCUCGUGCAGGCGGGCGCCGACCUCGUGGUGCUGGACUCGUCGCAGGGGAACUCGCGGUACCAGCUGGGCAUGAUCCGAUACAUCAAGGCCAAGUACCCCGAGCUGCAGGUGGUGGGGGGCAACGUGGUGACCGCAGCCCAGGCCAAGAACCUGAUCGACGCCGGGGUGGACGCGCUGCGGGUGGGGAUGGGCAGCGGCUCCAUCUGCAUCACACAGGAAGUGCUGGCGUGUGGCCGCGCCCAGGCCACGGCCGUGUACCGCGUGGCCGAGUACGCGCGGCGCUUCGGCGUCCCCGUCAUCGCCGACGGUGGCAUCCGCAGCCCCGGGCACGCCGUGAAGGCGCUGGCACUGGGCGCGUCCACCGUGAUGAUGGGGUCGCUGCUGGCGGCCACCACGGAGGCUCCGGGCGAGUUCUUCUACUCGGAGGGCGUGCGGCUGAAGCAGUACCGGGGCAUGGGCUCGCUGGACGCCAUGGAGCAGGGCGCGGGCAGCCAGAAACGCUACUUCAGCGAGGGGGACGCGGUGAAGGUGGCGCAGGGCGUGUCGGGGUCCGUGCGGGACAAGGGCUCCAUCCACAAGUUCGUGCCGUACCUGCUGGCCGGGCUGCAGCACGGCUGCCAGGACCUGGGCGCCCGCAGCCUCUCGGCGCUCCGGUCCAUGAUGUUCGCGGGGGAGCUCAAGUUCGAGCGCAGGACGGUGGCGGCGCAGGUCGAGGGGGGCGUGCACGGGCUGCACUCCUUCACGGUUCUGCCCUUGCCCAGAGGAGGCUGCCCUGAGGAGGGGUCCCCCCGGGCCGGCGCCCCCCGCCCGGAGCCUGCGGGGACCCCCCCGGCCCCCCGACACCGGCGCUGCUGAAUGGGGCACCCCACAGUGGGGCACCCCCAAUAGAGCACCCACAAUGGGGCACCCCCAAUGGGGCACCCCCAAACCCCCCGAGCACAGGGGCUGCGG